AUGACGUUGUUGGGACUCGAGACGCUGGCGCUAGCGCUGCAGACGGCGGCGUUGGUGUGGCUCUGGUGGGGGCAAUCGGGACCAACAUCCGACCAACUCCAGAAGAUUCAGGAGCUGGAGAGUGAUGCAGCCAAGAAGGAGAAAGCGCGAGUUGAUGAGCGACGAGGCCGCGUCGCCGCAGAAAAGGAGCUGCGACGCGUGAUGGAGGAGAAGCUGGACACCAGCAAGGGCUGCUUCGUACAGCCUGUGGGGACUGUUCACUCUUGCUUCAAGGUCUGCUUAGGUACACCCCGUCAAGGCUCGCUGGCACCGUCGACGAGAGCAAAGAUUACUUUUCAGCGGAGUAUUUCGCCGGAUACGCUGAUUGGGCUGGAGGAUUUCAGUCACGUCUGGAUUGUCUUCGUGUUCCAUCAAAACACGAACGGCAAGAACACCCGAGCGCAUGAAGGCCUUCGGUCGGACAGUCAUCGUCAUACAUUCCGGGCUAAGAUUUCGCCACCUAUGCUGAAGGAGCGGGUCGGCAUCUUUUGCACUCGGUCGCCGCACCGCCCGAACCCCAUUGGAAUCACGCUGGCGAAGAUUGAGCGCGUCGACAUGCGCAAGCGCACAGUGUUUCUCUCCGGGGUUGACUUGCUAGAUGAAACUCCUGUGCUGGAUAUCAAGCCGUAUAUUGCAGCUUAUGAUAGCCUACCGGAUGCGCUAGCAGCAAACUGGGUGUCAACUCCGCAGCCACCUAUUGAAAUCGAAUGGGAAUCCGACGCCUUGGUUUCGACAAUCCACAAGCUGUCCGAAAAGUCCGUGCACUAUCGCGGUGCACCCGACACUUUCGUUGCCGCCAUCAAAGAAGUGUUGCAGGUGGACGUCCGCAGCAAGUAUCAGACUCGUCGGUGGACAUCCCCGGACUACGUGAACUACCAGAUCGUCGACAACGUCCGAGUCCAGUACCGGUUUGCCUUGCUGCCACAACCGGACGGCGUCAGCGGCAUCGACGCCGCGCGCAUUGAGAUUUCUGCAGUUGAGGAAAGGUCCAUGCCUGUCAUGGCUGUGAGCCUCCCGCCCGCCACCUCCUCGACGCCAGCGACUCCCAGGUAG